AUGUCCGACAAACAACGCAAAUGUCUAUCGCGCAGCGCCUACAACAUAGGAUGGAUCUGCGCCUUGCCUCUUGAGCUGGCCGCCUCCGUCGGCAUGUUCGACGAGGCGCACCAGGACCUCGAUCUCGCGCGCGGCGACGGAAAUAUGUACACCCUCGGCGAGAUCGCGGGCCAUAACAUUGUCAUGGCGUGUCUCCCUGCCGGCAGCACGGGCGUCACCCCCGCCGCCACUGUCGCGGCCAAUAUGCUCCGGAGCUUCCCCAAGAUCCGCUUCGGUCUGAUGGUCGGGGUCGGAGGGGGUGCGCCGGCGCGGCGGGCGAGACCGGGUGAGGAUAUUCGGCUGGGGGAUGUGGUGGUCAGCAUCCCUCAACGAGAGCUGGGUGGUGUCGUCAAAUAUGAUUGUGGAAAGACGGUCGCGGGGGGCGUGUUUGAGCACACGGGACUGCUCAAUAUGCCGCCUGCGCCGCUGGCCAAUGCUGUGGCGAAAUUGCGAGGGAUGCACGAAGCGAAGCGCAGUGCCGUCUCGCGGUACGUCGCGGCCAUGAUCAACAAGGUCAUGGCGGACGAGGACGCGAACCCCGAGUUCGAGGACUUGUAUUGUUGCCCUGACCCCAAGUACGAUCAGCUGUUCGCGGCCGAGUAUGAGCACACGAUUGUCCCGGUCUCACCUAGCCAAGAGGAUAGCGAUGACGAUGAGCGGUUGUCUAGUGAAGACGAAGACGACAUCCCCCUCCCCUGCCCUCACUGCGACCCGGCCCGCCUUGUUCAGCGCAAACCCCGCAAGUAUCCAGGCCCCGUCAUCCACUACGGGACAAUCGCCUCGGCGGAUCAGGUCAUGCGCCAUGCCCUCACGCGGGACGCUAUCCGCAAGAAGCACGGCAUCCUUUGCUUCGACAUGGAGGCCGCGGGGCUGAUGAACGACUUCCCCUGCCUCGUCGUCCGCGGCAUCUGUGACUACGCGGACACACACAAGCACAAGAUAUGGCAGCGGUACGCAGCGGCCACGGCGGCGGCGUACACAAAGGAGCUACUGCAGGUGGUGCUUAGGGAAGACGUUGAGACGACAGAGGAGGUGGUCAAGAUCUUGGAAAGGGUUGAACAUGGUGUGCAUGAUAUCAAGCAGAAUGUAGACCGUCUCGCAAAAGACAGGGCACGGCAAGACCGCGAUCGGAUCCUGAACUGGCUCGACAGCGACACGCAUACAAAGAGACUGUUGGAUUCAUACGAAAAAUGGCAACCCAGCACGGUCCAGAAGCUAUUCGAGUCCGAGGCCUAUAGAGACUGGACAUAUGGUGAGGCGCAAACACUGUGGUGUCCCGGAAUCGCCGGCGGGGGCAAGACUGUGUUUUCCUCAGUGGUGGUGAGCAGCCUCAAAGCUGGCCAGGAAGCUCAGGCGGAAGCAUCUAGGGCCGCAGUGCUCUGUCUCUUUUGCGAGUACGAACGACAAAAGGAGCAGACAUUGCGGACGUUGGCUGCGGCGAUGCUGCGGCAGCUCGCAGACCAGUGCGAGCUCCUCCCUGACGAGCUGGGUGACCUCUUUGAGAAGCAUGGGACUGGCGCAUCAUCUCAUCUGCGCUUUGAAGACGUUUCUCUAGCACUGACUCGACUUCUAAAGGAAUUCCCCAGGGUCUAUCUCAUCGUCGAUGCGCUAGACGAGUGCUCGGAUCAAACACGAAGGGAGCUACUCGCGCACCUGGCAGAGCAGCAGAGGAAGACGGGUCUCCGAAUCCUGGCGACGGCUAGGCCGACUGUUGAGUUUGAAAAAGAGUUUAGCAUAAAGUGCCAAGAGCUGGAGAUCAGGGCUGAUGUGCUGGAUGUGAAGAGCGUGCUCGACACGCUCAUCGACAAGUCGACUUCUUUUGUCAGAGAGGAUGAAGGGCUACGCAGACGUGUCACAGACAACAUAGUCUUCGCUGUCGAUGGGAUGUUCCUCCUCGUCCAGCCCUUCCUUGACUCCGUCAUUGGCGAGCGAUCCAGAGGCCACGUCGAAGACGCUCUCCAGACGCUCAUGGACAGUCCCGACAAGCUGACCACCGUGUACGAAAACGCCCUCUGCCGGAUUGGAGGACAGAAGCCGGGCGACCGCAACCUCGCUCAUCGCAUGCUAUCCUGGGUCGUCGAGUCCAAGAGGCCGCUUACGCGUGACGAGUUUCUCCACGCCCUGGCUAUACAGACCGGCAGCCUCCAUUUUCAACGCCACUACAUUUUAGAGAAUCUUGACGGUGCUGUGGCCCUCUGCGCUGGACUGGUCGUGAUCAAUGAGAGGAGUGACACGGUGCAGCUGAUGCAUCACACCACGAGGACCUACCUGGAAGAUCCGGAAAGACGGCCGGGCUGGAUGGCCGAGUCGCGGGCGAUGAUUGCGAGCGCGUGCGUCACGUACAUAUCGUACUCGGUGUUCGAGGACGGCCCCUGUCACGGUGAUGAGGAGAUGGGCAGGAGACUGGAUGAGUACCCCUUUCUUCCCUACGCUGCUCAGCACUGGGGACACCACGGCCAUGACGCGGGAGGAGAGACAGAGUCCAUGCAGCAUCUUGCACUCCAAUUUUUGCUCAACCAAGAAAAACUGGCGUCCGCUAACCAGGCCAUGCACUUUACCGGACGCAGGUAUUCUGGGUACAGCUCCUGGUAUGACCGGGAGGUGACGGCGUUGCAUUUGGUGGCGGCCUUUGGCCUACCCAGUACCACACGGCAGCUUCUGGCCGCUACUGGCGCCGAUGCAAUUGACAAAAGGGAUGGAGAUGGCCGGACGGCUCUUCAUAGGGCUGCCGAGAACGGCGAUGAAGCCGUGAUCCGCAUCCUCCUCGGACACUCGGCCAAUAUUGUCGCGGAAGAGGGCACCUUUGGUCAGACACCUCUCCAUCUCGCCGCCCUGAACGGUCGCGAGGCCGCCACGCGGGUUCUCAUGGAGCACGGAGCCAGCAGUCUCGCCUGCGACGCAGACGGCUGGAUGCCAAUACACACAGCCUCCUGGAUGGGCCAUGCCGACGUUGCGGGGACACUCCUCGUCACGACGGACGCGGUUCAUGUCCUCAGCGGGGAUGGUCUCACGGCUCUACAUUGCGCCGCGGCGCAAGGGCACGCUGAGCUCGCACAGCUCCUGAUUCGCAGCGGCGCGGACGUCAACGCUGUGGAUGACGAGGGGUGGACGCCACUCCACUGGGCGUCCAAGAAGCGACAUGACGUGUUGAAGCCGCGGGUGCUGUCCCUCAAAGACGAGACGUCCGCCCUUCUCCGGCGGUUCGUGGAACUACAGGAGGAGAUGGACGAGGUGAUUCAUCAGCAGGCCGAUGUGCUGCAAGACAGGCUAGCGACGACGCUGAGGAAGCCGUUGGACUUUUGGCAGACCAGGUUGGCGUGGCUGCCGUCGGGCGCUAUCGGGCUCAACAUGGGCCACGAGUAUGGCGAGAUGGUGGCGGCGCUGCAAAUGUCCCCGAAUGUGCCGAGCGUGACCCUCCCAUGGUCUAUCUGGAAUAUGAUGGGGGAUACCGGCGAGGGGCCACAGUGGCAAGGGGCGAGCGAGGCCAAGGAAGAGGAGGAGGACGAGCCUGCAAACGUCCGUUUCAUGUUUGCCAUUCAGGAUGAGCUCACGGCGAUGCACUGCACCACUGCGUGUGGGCAUGCCGAGGUGAGUAGGCUGUUGGUGAGACACGGCGCCGACAUUGAGCAAAGGUGCCACACCACCAUCGAGACCAAGUUCCUCGUCAAGGUCGAGACAAUGACCACGGCGCUGCACCUGGCGGCCUUUUCCAGCCACGAGGCCAUGGUCAGUAUACUCCUCGAGCAGGGCGCUGACAUGCGGGCCAGAACUGAGUCUCAGUACAAGACUCAGGGAGUAGAAUUUGUCCGGCCCAAACCAGCAAAGAAGUUUGGCAUGUUGGCGAGGCCCGAUGUCGAAUGGACGCCGUUGCACUGCGGCGUGGUAUCGGGGUCAGAGGACGUGGUCCAGAUGCUCCUAGACAUCAUGAAAGGUGCGGGAGUGCAGGAGACAGGUAUCGUCGACUUUUUCACGCUCAAGUGUGAGUUGACGGCACUCCACAUGGCCGUCGUGCUCGGCUACGUGGGCAAAGUGAGGCUGCUCCUGGCUGGGGGGGCGAACGUUAAUGCUCAGGGAUGGAUCAACCUGGACUUGCCGUUGAACUACCAUUCGUCCGUGGAGAAGAAGAAGACGCUCCCGUUUAGGAUGGAGGGCACGUCGCUGCAGCUCGCUACUCUCCUAGCUAGAAACGAGAUGAUGGGGAUUCUGAUCCAGCGCAAAGCUGAUGUGGAGGCCAAGCUCCGUAUCGAGAUUGGCACGCUCCGUGCGAACUUGUCGUCGCUGCAGAUCGCGACUAUAUGCAGGCGGAAAGCGGCCAUUCAGCUUCUUCUCGACCAAAGGGCAGACGCCACCGCCAAGAUCCUCGUCCGCGUGGAAGGAGACGAGAACAAUGGUGCGGAGCUGAAUGGGCUCCAUCUCAUGGCCUUCUUUCGAGACUGGCGACUAGCGGACUCGCUCAUCCACGCAGGAGCAGACGUCAAUGACGAGUUGCGCAUAGACGUCAAUGUCUGCAAGGCUGAGAAGCUAGCUGACCUCCAUCGGGGAGGCCCCGAUGGCAAGCACGGGCGGGACAAAGGGAGCGAGGAAGAAGCUGAAGAACCUGUGGACUCGAUCCACGCUUUCUUCACGCGGACAGCCCGGAACUUUGUAGCACUGCUGGGCGAUCAACUCGAGGACACCCCCAUGUUUGGCAGCCUCUUCCAGACUCUGGAGAGGCAGGAUGAGAAGGAGACGUCGUAUCACGUCAAGAUCCGCUCCACGGCACUCUCUCUCGCGAUCCUGGCCGUCAAUGAGCAAGUUGUCCAGGUCCUCAUCGACAAUGGCGCAGACAUGCACGUGGCGUCGAUGUUUGCUGUUGGCUCCUUGUACAUCCAGUGUCAGCCACUCCAUCUUGCAGUCCUAUGCGGGGCCGAGGCAGCGGUAGCUCACUUAAUCGAUGCCGGCGCUGACACGUGUGCGCAACUCGUCAUUCAGGUGGGCGAGGAGAUUCGGGUCUGUCUGUCCCCUCUCCAUCUCGCGUGUCUGAUCGGUCAUGAGACGUUGGUGGGACUGCUCCUCGAGAGAGGUGUAGACGCUCGGGCUCUUUGUCGUGUAAACGAUGAGGAUGAGAAUGUUGUGAGCGCACUCCAUUUCGCCGCAUUAUUGGGACAGGAGGCAAUCGUGGCGGCACUUGUCGACAGCAAGGGCGACGCGUCGCAGAGGUGCCGUCUGCUUCUUCGACCCAAGAUCGAUAUGGAAAUGGACCUGAGCGCUUCACAUCUCGCCGCCCUGUCAGGAAAUGUCCAUGUUGUCAAGACCGUGUUAGAUACGGACCACGACAGGCAGCAGCUGGCAAGAUUGGACUGUCACAAGAUGCACGCCACGUUUACAGUCCUGCACCUCGCCGCCCUCUGGGGCCACGAGCAGGUGGUAACUCAUCUGCUCGAAAAGGGCCACGACGUCCACACACCGUGUGUCAUCGACAUACAGUACAUGUCACAUGUUCAGCUGACGUGCCUCCACCUGGCCGCGUUUGCCGGUGGCCUUGAUAUGAUGACUCGGCUACUCGACGCUGGAGCCGACGUUCACCAGGCCGCAGUGAUUGACGGCCCAGCGUUCCGCACCAAGCUAACAGCAUUGCAUAUCACAGCGUUCGCCAGACACCGGGGUUUGAUGGAGAUGCUCCUCGACUUGGACAUGGACAUCCAUCUCCCCGUCCAAGCGGACGUCUGGGAGGAGAUGCACGUCGAGUUGAGCCUUUUGCACAUUGCCGCCUUGUGGCGCGUACAAGUUACGCAGCUUCUCCUCGACAAGGGCUUCGACGUCAACGCCAGGCUCGUCAUUCAAGGUCCCGAGACACACGCCGAGAUGACUGCCCUUCACAUGGCGGCGGGCUUGGACAACAAACGGUUGGCCCUCCUCCUGCUCGACCGUGAGGCCGACCCCAAUGCAAGAGCACUCGUCGUGACGGACGAUGUGAAUGUCGACAUGACGGCGCUUCAUGUGGCACUUGGCCGCAGGUGCGACGACAUGGUCCGCCUACUUGUCUCCAAGAGACCGCUGCGUACAGAGGAGCAUGCUUGGCUGGCGUCCGAUGCUGACUCGGAUGGCAGCAGCCUACUCUCGGAGGUUUCCAACUCUACCUCUCCGUACGACUCCAACUACACCAGGCCCUCGAACCGCUCGUCUCCCGGGCGAUCCUAUUUCUCACCUAGAGCCGACGGCGACAGUCAGAAUCACCAACGCCUCUGGCUUCCGUCUUGGCCGGCGCGGCAGUGGCCCUGGCGGCUCGUGGAUACGCGGAUCGGAGGAAGCGUUCGCAUCGUCGGUCGCGAGCCCCAAGGCGUUCUCGGUCUCACUCACAAAGGGCACGGCCUCAAUCUUGGGACAGGUUUGGACAUGACCCCCGUUCUACUCCUGAGACCCAUCAAGUCCAGCCCGGCUUCGCGGAAUCAAUACACUCCCAGUCAGAGUCCUCACACCGCAGACGACGGCGACGGCAAUGGACAAGACCACGGAGACAGCGACGCUCUCCACCAAGACAUGGCCGUUCACCACCAAGACGUAGGGCUGGACGGCGGCCCUCAAAGCCCCGUUUCCGAGUAG